UGCUGGUCUCCCACUCCAAGUGGGCGUAGACCACCAAGAUCCACCCGCGCUGCUCUCCGUGCGCAAGAACGCACCAACCCAGUCCCGGCACUUUUUGGACGCACUUCAUGGACGCCAUGUGCGCGCGCAGCCUCUUCUUCAUCCUCCUCACCUUCAGGCUGCUGGAGCCCGUGCGCUCGACGCAGAACCAGAUCUGCGACCUUGUGAAGGACAUCGACAAGGAGAGGGACGCCUGCGAGGCCCAAAUGGAGAACAAGACCACAGGUUGCAGCGGGACGUGGGACAAGGUCACCUGCUGGCCAGCUGCAGAUGUGGGCGAGGUGGUCACCAUCCCGUGUCCCGAGUACCUCCUCUACUUCUCCAGGGAGCUUCACACACGCAACCUGUCCAAGACUUGUACCGAGGACGGCUGGACCCCCGACAGCAUAGACUUCAAGGACUGUGGCUACAACCCCAACAGCACCACGGACGAUCAUUCGCAGAGGGACUUCUUUGACGCCAUCAUAGUGGGCUACACCAUCGGCCACAGCGUGUCCCUCGUCUCUCUCACGGCCGCCAUCAUCAUACUGUGCCUCUUCAGGAAGCUGCACUGCACCAGGAACUACAUCCACAUGCAUCUCUUUGUGUCCUUCAUCCUCAAGGCCAUCGCCGUCUUCAUCAAGGACGUCGUUCUGUAUGAUGUCGGCGAGACGGACAGUUGCCAUUCGUCUGUGGGCUGCAAGGCGGUAGUUGUCUUCUUCCAGUACGGCAUCAUGGCCAGUCACUUCUGGCUGCUGGUGGAAGGCCUGUACCUCCACGCUCUCCUAGCGGUCUCCUUCUUCUCCGAGAGGAAGUACUUCUGGUGGUACAUCCUGAUUGGCUGGGGCGCUCCAACCAUCUUUAUUUCAGCAUGGGCGAUCACAAAGGCUUAUGUAAAUGAUAUUGGGUGCUGGGAUAUCAUUGAUGACAAGCUCUGGUGGAUCAUCAAAACGCCCAUUUUAGUAACCAUACUUGUCAACUUUAUUCUCUUCAUGUGCAUCAUCAGGAUUUUACGACAGAAGAUGAAUUGCCCCGACAUUGGAAGGAGGGAAUCGAAUCAGUACUCGAGACUGGCGAAGUCCACGCUGCUCUUGAUACCGCUCUUUGGGAUCAAUUACAUCAUUUUUGCCUUCAUUCCUGACGACAUCCACCCACAGCUGAGGAUGGUGUUUGACCUCAUCCUGGGCUCAUUUCAGGGGUUUGUUGUUGCCGUCUUGUACUGCUUCCUCAACGGAGAGGUACAGGCAGAGAUCAAGCGUAAGUGGCGCCGAUGGAUGUUGCAGCGCUUCCUGGGCGCCGACACCAAGUACCACCUGCCCUCCAUCGGCAGCAACGGCAACAACUUCAGCACCCAAAUCUCCAUGUUGACCAAGUGCAGCCCCACCGCCCGGCGAGCCUCCGCCUGCCAGGAGCACUUCUCCGCCAUCUGACUCCUCGCAGGCGUGGCGGGAAUCCGCGACGAGCGUGACAUUGCUGUACAUAAGCGGCGCCAUCAUGUCGGGGGGGG